AUGAAUGUCCUGACCUCCAGUGCCCUGACCCCCAGUGUCCUGACCCCCAGUGCCCUGACCUCCAGUGUCCUGACCUCCACUGUCCUGAUCCCCAGUGCCCUGACCCCCAGUGUCCUGACCUCCAGUAUCCUGACCUCCAGUGCCCUGACCUCCACUGUCCUGAUCCCCAGUGUCCUGACCCCCAGUGCCCUGACCCCCAGUGUCCUGACCCCCAGUAUCCUGACCCCCAGUGCCCUGACCUCCAGUGUCCUGAUCCCCAGUGUCCUGACCUCCAGUGCCCUGACCUCCGGUGUCCUGAUCCCCAGUGUCCUGACCCCCAGUGCCCUGACCCCCAGUGUCCUGACCCCCAGUGCCCUGACCUCCAGUGUCCUGAUCCCCAGGCACAGAGAGUGGGUCCCAGGCGAGGAGCAGCCCAUCACUCCACCCACACCCAGAGUGGACCUGAAGCCCGCAGGCCUCAUGACAGGUGACAGGCAUCCCCAAAGGCCCAGCAGGCCCAGCUAUGGCUCCAUCUCCAGCCCACCCAGCCCAGGGUCUGCCGGAGAGACCUAUCUGAGUGAGAAGAUCGCCAUCCCAGAUGCAGACCCGGGCACGUUCAGCCUGCGGAAGCUGUGGGCCUUCACAGGGCCCGGCUUUCUCAUGAGCAUCGCUUUCUUGGAUCCAGGAAACAUCGAAUCAGACCUGCAAGCUGGCGCCGUGGCCGGCUUCAAACUGCUCUGGGUACUGCUAUGGGCCACGGUGUUGGGCUUGCUCUGUCAGCGGUUGGCAGCUCGGCUGGGCGUGGUGACAGGCAAGGACCUGGGCGAGGUCUGCCAUCUCUACUACCCAAAGGUCCCCCGUGUCCUCCUCUGGCUGACCAUCGAGCUGGCCAUUGUGGGCUCCGACAUGCAGGAGGUCAUUGGUACAGCCAUUGCCAUCCAUCUGCUGUCGGCAGAACGAAUUCCUCUCUGGGGCGGGGUGCUCAUCACCAUCGUGGACACCUUCUUCUUCCUCUUCCUGGACAACUACGGGUUGCGGAAACUGGAAGCCUUUUUCGGACUCCUCAUUACCAUUAUGGCCUUGACCUUCGGCUACGAGUAUGUGGUGGCCCGUCCGGAGCAGGGAGUCCUUCUUCGUGGCCUUUUCCUGCCCUCGUGCCCGGGCUGCGGGCAGCCCGAGCUGUUGCAGGCCGUGGGCAUCGUGGGGGCCAUCAUCAUGCCCCACAACAUCUACCUGCACUCUGCCCUGGUGAAGUCUCGAGAGAUUGACAGGACCCGCCCGACUGAGGUCCGCGAGGCUAACAAGUACUUCCUGAUUGAGGCCACCAUUGCCCUCUCCGUCUCUUUCUUCAUCAAUCUCUUCGUCAUGGCCGUCUUUGGGCAGGCUUUCUACCACCAAACCAACCAGGACGCGUUCAACAUCUGUGCCAACAGCAGCCUCCCCGACUACGCCAACAUCUUCCCCCAGGACAACCUGACGGUGGCUGUGGACAUCUACCAAGGGGGAGUGAUCCUGGGCUGCCUCUUCGGGCCUGCAGCCCUCUACAUCUGGGCCGUGGGGCUGCUGGCCGCAGGGCAGAGCUCCACCAUGACAGGGACCUACGCGGGACAGUUCGUGAUGGAGGGCUUUCUGAAGCUGCGGUGGUCCCGCUUCGCGCGCGUCCUCCUCACCCGCUCCUGUGCCAUCCUGCCCACCGUGCUGGUGGCUGUCUUCAGGGACCUCCGGGACUUGUCAGGCCUCAAUGACAUGCUCAACGUGCUACAGAGCCUGCUGCUUCCCUGUGCCGUGCUGCCCAUCCUCACAUUCACCAGCAUGCCCGAGCUCAUGCACGAGUUUGCCAACGGCCGGGUAAGCAAGGCCAUCACGUCCUUCAUCAUGGCGCUGGUCUGUGCCAUCAACCUCUACUUCGUGGUCAGCUACCUGCCCAGUCUCCCUCACCCCGCCUACUUUGCUCUUGUAGCCGUGCUGGCCGCUGCCUACCUGGGCAUUACCAUCUACCUGGUACUAUGGGGCCCAAUGGGGCCUUGGGCAUUGGGGAAGCGGAGAGAGUAG